AUGUCAACUCAAGAACAACAAAAUGAAAAUAAAAGUUUAGUAUAUUUUGAUUUAACUUGUGAUGGAAAACCAAAAGGUAGAGUUAUAUUUAAAUUAUAUGAUGAUAUAGUUCCAAAAACAACAAAAAAUUUUAGAACUUUAUGUUCAGAAGAAAACAAACAUAAGAAUUCUCCGAUAUCUGGAAAGCCUUUAAGUUAUAAAAAUUCAAUUUUUCAUAGAGUUAUUAAAGAUUUUAUGUGUCAGGGUGGUGAUUUUACUCAUGGAACUGGAAUUGGUGGUGAAUCUGUAUAUGAAAAUUUUGAUAAAUUACAUGAUAAACCAUUUUUAUUAUCAAUGGCAAAUGCAGGACCAAAUACAAAUGGUUCACAAUUUUUUAUAACUACAGUACCAACUCCUCAUUUAAAUGGUAAACAUGUUGUAUUUGGAGAAUUAAUUCAAGGAAAAUCAAUAAUUCGUCAAAUGGAAAGAAGUGAUAAAGAUUCAAAUGAUAAACCUGUUGAUGAAUGGAAAAUUGAAGAUUGUGGUGAAUUACCUGCUGAUUAUGUAUUAAAUGAUAAUCCAGAUGAUGGAACUGGUGAUGAAUUUGAAGAAAUUUUAAAAGAUAAUGAUGUUAAAAAAGUUGAUAUAAAUGAUCCAAAUUCUGUUAUAAAUGCAGUCACCAAAAUAAAAGAUAUUGGAACAAAAUUAUUAAAAGAAGGAAAAUUAAAAAAUUCAAUGGAAAAAUAUUCCAAAGCAGUAAAUUAUCUUGAUGAUUAUUUUCCAGAAGAUUUAUCAAAUGAAAAAAUUUCAGAAAUUAAUAAAUUAAAAAUUUCAUGUCUUUUAAAUUUAUCAUUAGUUUCAUUAAAAUUAAAAAAUGGUAAAAAAGCAAUAAAGGCAGCAAAUGAUGCAUUACAUACUGAUUUAAUUGAUGAUAAAUCAAAAGUAAAAGCUUUAUAUAGAAAAGGGUCCGGAUAUCUUUUAAUAAAAGAUGAAGAAAAUGCUGAAUUAUACUUUAAAGAAGCUUUUAAAUUAGAACCAAAUGAUCCUGCUAUUAAAAAGGGAUUAGAAGAUGUUAAAUUAAAUAUAAAAAAAAGAAAAGAACAACAAAAGAAAUCAAUGUCAAAAUUUUUUAAGUAA